UAUUUUUUAUGUAAAUUAUAGGGGCUUUUAUUAUUGAAAUGAUAAUGGGAUCAACAUUAAGUAUAAUGACAUUAAAUGAAUAGACUGGACAAUUCUAAAAACAUAUGCUUUGAAUGAAUUAGGAGAGAAGAACACUGAAACACAUUUAGAAAAAUUAGAAGCAUUUUUUUUGAUAUUAGAAUUGAAUUUAGGAAUGCUGAUUAGAGUAUGAAAUUGUCGAAAUAAUGUAGUUGUACUUAAAUCAAUAUUUUAAUCGAAAAUUAAAAAUGAUUGUUCUACUUUUAUUAAUAGUGAUCUAUUCAGGGAGUCUACUUCUUUUUGGAUUUAUUAGUGAAAUGCCUUUGAUUUUAAAUAUCUUGCCAAAUAUAUAUAUAUUUUUGUUAGGAUUGGUGUUAUUGGAUCCAAUGGAUUAAAUGUUAAAUGAAAAUCCAUUUAAUUUUGGUAUGUUUGAAUUAUCUACAUAGAGAUAAAUGUAUUUGUUUAUUUUUAGGAGGGAUUUCUUUUGGAUGGUUAAUAUUUGGAUUGUCACUUUAAUUGUUGAUAAAUCCAAAGAUUGUAGAUCUCACAGAUUCUGAGAAUUUACAUUAUAAAAGAGGUUGUUUAAUUUAUGGGAUUUUGAUAUUGGUUUUAGGAGGAAUAGGAAGUUAUUUAUGGUUUCCAAGAUAUUCAACAGUAGAGGAAGAGUUUGAUUCAAAAGAGAAUUUAAGAGAUGGUAUGAAUUCUAAGAAUAUAAUUCACAAUACUUUUUUAGUUUAGGAAAAGAGAAUGUAUAAGGAUGAACAUUUUUAUAUGAUAAUGUACUAAUUUAUAAUGUUAUUCACACCAGCUAUAGGAAGUCUAAAUUAUAUUAAUUCUGAAGGUGAGUAUAUUUUUAUUACAUAUUGUGUAAUGGGUAUAUCUACAACAAUAGGAUCAUUUUUACCAAUCUUUUUAAAAUAGCCAUACAAAAUUAACACAAUUAUUGCCUUAUGUUAAGUAGAGAUGAUGAUUGCAUUAAAUUUAUUGGGAGUUGUUUAUGGUAAUAUUAUCUUAAAAUUACUGUGUUUGUCAGUGUAAUUUAUUUUGUUUGGGUUUAUAUUGAGUUUUAAUGUAAUUAUUUUAUAGACAACAUAUGAUAAUAUAGUGGAUAAUAUUCCAAUAGCCUUUAUAGCAUUAACUUUGGCUGUAUUGUCUCAAUAUUUAGUAUUUCAAUUCAUGGAAGACAAGAAAUUGAUUUAAUCAAUAGAAUUUUCUUUGAUUUUGUUAUCCUUUUUGACAAAUAUUUUUAGCAAUUAAAAAUAAUGA